AUGAAGCACCAACCCGCGAUUGCGCACCAAUCUGCACUUGCGCACCAAUCCGCGCUUGCGCUCCGGGCGCAACGGCGGGGAGGAGGGAGGGCGACGACGGGGAGGAGGGAAAGGCGACGGCGCGGAGGAGGGAGAGGCGACGGCGCGGAGGAGGGAGAGGCGACGGCGCGGAGGAGGCAGAGGCGACGGCGCGGAGGAGGCAGUGGCGACGGCGCGGAGGAGGCAGAGGCAACGGCGCGGAGGAGGGAGAGGCGAUGGCGCGGAGGAGGGAGAGGCAACGGCGCGGAGGAGGGAGAGGCAAUGGUGGGGAGGAGGGAGAGGCGACGGUGGGGAGGUAAGGGAGAGGAGAUGGCGGGGUGGGACGGAGUGAUUGUGAGGUGGGAGGAAGGGGCGAUGGUGGAGUGGGAGGGAGAGCCCGUGGUUUUUGGGUCCCGGAUGCCCGCGUUCCACCCACAGCAACUGGUCAACGGGCUCCACCUAGCACCGCGACCACAAAUACCGUUUGCAGCAGCGGCGGUCGCGUUACAAAAUCAACCGGGUAAUGUUACCGCGCAAGGAGUUUCCACGACUCAUCCCGUUGGACAACACAUUGCGUCCCCGUCCGUGCCCACUAGCCAGCUCUUUGGGAUGCCUGUGCGUGGCUUCGUAGGGCCGCAGUACUCGAACGUGGGAUUCAGGUACGGGUACUUCGGCGUUAAACCAGACCCCAUGGUGCACGCACCCGCAUCUGUCGCGACGCCUCCUGUCGCGCCGUCAACACCAUUCCCCAACGCGAUUCAUCCGGAAAGCCAGCCAGCGGUGCAAGCCCCGCCAGACCCUAGAGAAGCAUUAGUUGUCGGUUUGGACACACGGGCGCGAACAGACGGCCCAUCAUCGAACGCGGAUGCCGGUGGUUUAGGGCGUGCGGUGAAUGGUGGAGCGGGGAUGAAUGCGAGCGCGCGUGCACAUUCGCCGCCAAUAUGGAACGUGAACUCACUGUUGCCCGGAAACCCCGACAUCCACAUCCGCACCCCCGCGCAUCCGACUGUAGCGUACGCGACUGGUGUAGGUGGGCAACCACAGGCGAACGCGGGGCGUGGAGUGGGUGCAAGCGGAAACGCGGUAAGGGGAAGAGGGACGGGUGCGAGAGGGAACGCGGGAAGAGGGACAGGGGAGAGAGGGAGCACGGCUAGAGGGAGAGGUGCGAGACGAAGGGGUGGGAGAGCAGGCGCGGGACGUGGGACAGGUGUGGGAUCGAACGAGUAUAGUGCGAACGGGCAGGGAGCGCAUGAGGUGACAGGUAACGGCGGCUCGGGUAGCGGUGUUAACGCGAACGGCGGGUCCGGUAACGGGCCAGUUAAUAGACCGUGUAUAAGGAGGCGGAGAGUCGAUGUAGUGCCGCACACGGCACGCAACGUCUCCCGGGAGGGGAGCGAGGGGGCAAGCGAUGAGGAUGACAAGGACGACGCUGACGAUGCGGACGAUAGUUGGAAUGGCGAUGACGAAAACUACCUAUCGAACUCGCUGUCCGGGCUCAACGAGGAGGAGGCGAAAGACAACGAACGGGUGCGGGGUACGCGGAGGGACAUUGAGGUCCCUAUCGCGGAUUGGAACAGGCUAGGUGUGGACGACACACCGGCCGCGAAACGAGAGAUGUGCUACGGAAUCCUCUACGGUGUCUCUGAGGCCACGCUGAAGAAGUAUCGCGGUUGGGCCAACGAGUACAAGCGGUUCAUGGCUCACGAGCUGCCUAAACUGGACGCGGGUAGGUUUGGUGAUGAGGCCGCGUUGAGAAACGCGGACCCCGACGAGAUAGGGGCCGCGCUCGAACAGAACAUGGGUGGUGACUGGAAGAUGGCGGAGGGCGACGAGCAGUGGUUCCACGGCUCUGAGACGAAUCCGUGGCGCUUACGCAAAUACGUGACCUUCCUCGCGAACGAGACAGUCGCGCAGGCGGACAGGAUGGCCACACUCAAGCGGCCAGAGAAGACCUUGAAGAAGAGACGCCAGUGCACCCCGGCAAUGCUGAUGGGGCGUCUCAAGGCUUUGAACCUGCUCAUCAAGCUGGACAAGGCCAUCUUCAGGAAGCCCGUUCUGAACCUGCUGCGCGACUUUGCGGAGUGUCGCAUCUGGGUCCGCGUUCAAGUACGCAACCAGUACAAGCGGUUUAUCGCGACGGGCAAGACAAACAAGGACUUCUCGCUCAACUACAUAUCUGCUAUGAGGCACAUAGAUUGGACGUUGUGCGCGGUCGGAGCCACGCUGCUGUGGCUGCACUGGGUGUACGACUUGGUUCCCAUCCUCUACGAGGACAUAGCCCCCCCUCUCGACUUUACGGAACCCUCGACGUGGUACGAUCAAUACCUGUUCUUCCCCCUUCGCGCUGGCAAUGAGAAGCAAAUACCGCCCACGACUCAUCACGACUGGGCGGCGAAGAUUCUCCAGGAUGCGGGAAUCACAUGCUCGCGUGCGGUACACGCGACCAGGGCUGGGGGGGCGCAGCACGUGUCCGCGGACGGAAUGCCUUCGGAUCAGCUGGCGAGGCUGGGGGGUUGGCGCUUCAUCAACGUGAUGACUAAGCACUACCUCACAACCAUUCCGAGGGAGGCCGUGCUGCUGAAGGCGGGCUUCACCGGGGUUGACGGUGACUACUUCCUGGGUCGCGCAACUGUUCCGGUCAGCGAUAAGCUGGAUGAGCUACUGAGGAAGCACAUUUUCCCAUGGGCCGCCGCGGACAAAGAACAGCAACAGUGCAAGGAUUACAACCGCAGGAUGGUGAAAAAGCAGAAGCCGGAGAAGCAGGACACCACGGGGCUAAACAUAAUGAAGGAGCUGGAUGGGGACGCUAGGAUGGCGGUCGCGCAAGACCUGGCAAUGUAUUACAUCCACCAGCCGCGACACCCGUACGUGGUCAACAACCCGCUCUGCCAGACGGAGGAAUUUGCGUCGUGGGCUGCAGAUGUCUCAUUGGCAAAUCAACUCGCCAUAGUACAGCGCAACACACCUACACUGACCCAGCCCGCAGAGGUGAGUACCAGAAUGGACGCGCAGAACCAAGUGACCAUCCUCACUGAGUACCUGACUCGUUCACAAGCGGACAACACCAAACUGGGCCUAGAGUUGGUCGCGACUCAUAACCGGGUGAAAGAGCUGGAGGGGCUGCUGGAGGAUCGCGAUCGGAAGCUGGCCGCGAAGGACGAGCGCGUGAAUAAUUUGGAGGCCCAGCUGUCGCGGCUCACCCCCCGCGGUGCAGUUACGCGAAUGGCCGCGCUCAUUGGGGAGGAGGGAGGCGGUCAGAACGUGAUAAACCGUGUCAAGCGACUCAUGAACUUCAUCGCCCACAGGGUGGAGCAAGGAGACGACAUCGCGGUAGUGCUCGACAAGCUCGACCUCGUGUCAGGAGCUGUGGGCAUGUCGGGUGUAUCGGAAGGGAUCGCGGUAAAGAAGAAGAGUGUUGACCUGGAACUGAGCCAGCUCAAGAAGGGUUCUCCGGUGGAGUUGCAGUUGCGUGUGAAAUGGAUGCUUGUUCGCGACCGUCUCAUCAAUGCCUCUCUUCCCGCGUCUGAGUUCACGGUCGCGUGGCCCCAGUACUGUGCGCUGAUGCCAGACUUACAGUAA